CCAUACGAUAAUGAGCCGCAGUUUGAGUACCAGCCGCAUGAGUGGCCGACAAUCAAUUCAGCCUCUCAGAGUGCAGGAUACUAACAAGAUAGGCCUCCAUACCCCACAACCUCAAGACCGGUCAACUUUUGGAAAGCCAAGUGUGGGGAAGCAUGCCCCAGGGACGUCAGAAAGAAAAACUAGCAUUUGGGGGGCAUCUGAAAGAAAAACCAGCUGUUUUGGCAAAAGGACAAGUGGACCUGGAAGUUUACGGAACAGCCAAUAUGGUGCAUUUGGAAGUAUGGAGAAGAUCAAGGAACCAAGGCCACUUCAUGACAAAACAUUCAUCCAGCAGUGCAUCCGGCAGCUCUGCGAUUUUCUUGUAUCAUAUGGAUAUGGUCCCAAUGUCUCUGUGAAGUCGCUUCAGGCUCCGUCUGUUAAAGACUUUGUGAAAAUCUUCAGUUUUAUUUAUGGUUUGUUGUGUCCUUCUUAUGAGCUCCCUAGUACUAAGUUUGAAGAAGAAAUCCCUAGAAUUUUUAGAGAGCUUGGAUAUCCCUUUGCAUUGUCAAAAAGCUCUAUGUACACAGUGGGAGCACCACACACAUGGCCUCAGAUUGUAGCUGCUUUAGUCUGGCUGACAGACUGCAUCAAGCUGUAUUCUGCUAUAAAAGAAAACCCACCAUCAUUUGAUGAAGGGCAGGUCUUGGGAGGAGAGAUUGAAGAUGGAAUUGUUCAUAGCAAGCUCUUUUUGGAUUAUUCCAUAAAAUGUUAUGACCACUUUAUGAGGGGUGGAGACACAUAUGAAGAAUUUGAUGCUGAAGUACAAUCAAAACUAAAGGAUCUAUUUCAAGUAGCUGAAAAUCGUGUCGAGACACUAGAGGCAGAGGAAAAAAGCCUGAAUGAGUUGGUUGCAAGGCGUGAGAAGGAAAGAGAAAAUGAACCUGAUCGCCUAGUGACCCUGCGGAAACUGAAAUCAACUUUACAGGACGAUGUUCAGAAAUAUGAGGCUUAUAUGGCCAACCUGGAAUUGUACUCAGACAAUACUGGUCAAAAAUCAAAGGCUGUUGAUGAAGAGCUUGAGGCUGCUGCCAUGGAAAUUGAAGCCUUAAAACAGGAGAACAUUCGUCUGAAGCAUAUUUGUGAUAAUCAAAAGUACUCAGUUGCCGAUAUUGAAAGACUAAAAUGUGAAAGGGAGGAAUUGAAACAGGCAGUCAAUAAACUAACCAAGGAACUGGAGGUGGAACAGCAUCAGUUGUGGAAUGAGGAAUUAAAGUAUGCUAGGGGGAAAGAGACGAUUGAAAACCAGUUAGCAAACUACCAUAAACUGGCUCGAAAGCUGAAACUAAUUCCUAUAAAUUCAGAGAAUUCUGGUGGCUUUGACUUUGAAAUCAAGUUUAAUCCUGAUGCAGGGCGAAGUUGUCUGGUCAAAUACAAAUCUCAGAUUCAUACUCCCCUUGUUCACCUGAUAAGUAAGACUGAAGAGGAGAUUGCUAAUGCUACCAAGAAAAAGAAUUCCUUAGAGGAUACCUUGGAACAGGUAAGAACAAUGGAAGCAGAGCAGAACAGCUGUGUGAAAAUGCUAAAGGAAGAAGCCCAAAAACUUGACGAUCUUUGCCAGCAGAAGAUGAGGGAGCUUGAAGAAGAAGAAGGAGGAGGUGCCAAAGAGCUGGAAAUGAUGGAAAAACAAAAAUACUUACUGGAGAGUGGAGUCAAUGAAGGUGUCAAUGAAGCAAUGAAAGAGUUGCAUGAAAUUCGAUGCCGAUACCCAGUGGCUAAACAAACAGCAUCAGAAGAGAGCAGGAAAGUCUGUGAUAAUCUACAACAUCUUCUGGAACUGAUAUAUACUCACGUUGAGGAUGUAGAGAAGUACCUGAGUGAACAGGAUGCAAAGUUUGAUAGGCAGUUUAACGAAUUUAUGUCUGAAGACCCAUUGGUUAAUUUGAGAGAGAUACUACACAGCUACAAAAAGAAGACUGAUGCUUUAUGUUCUGCAGACAAAUGA